AGUUCGAGCGCGAAUCUCAGCACUUUCUCACUUUCGACUUGCAAGUCGAUUCUUCCGAGGUGGAAGAGCAACAGAUCAUGGCGUCACAAGGGGAGAAAGAGAAGCGGCCAAAAGCGCCCACAAACUCGACGUCUUUCUUUUCUGCUACACAGUUCUUUGAGCAUCAGACUCCUCCUCCAAACUUGGCCGCGCACCACGAACAGGUACAAGAGUUUGUCGAUCGGCACGCCAAGCAAGGUAGAAAGGUUGUCCUUGUCACAAGCGGCGGAACUACGGUCCCUCUCGAGCAGAAUGUUGUCCGGUUCCUCGACAACUUCUCCGCGGGUACACGCGGCGCAACAUCUGCCGAGUACUUUCUCGAGAGCGGCUACGCCGUCAUCUUCAUGCAUCGCCAACACUCGCUGAGCCCCUACACUCGACAUUACAGCCAUACGACCAAUCCCUUUCUCGAUCUGCUCACAACUUCGCCCUCGUCUGCGCAGGGAAGUGGAGAUGGAGGAAGGAAGACCGAGAUCAGAGUACUCGAGCAGCACGCUACAGCUCUUCUCCCCGUCCUCGAGGCAUACCACCGUGCGGUGGACGCAGGAACGCUUCUGCGCAUUCCAUUCACAACCGUGACCGAGUACCUCUUCAUGCUCCGCGACAUGAGCAGGCUCAUGCGACCCUUGGGAAGACGAGGAAUGUACUACCUGGCAGCGGCCGUCUCAGACUUCUAUGUGCCGUCGCAAAAGACCCCUGAACACAAAAUUCAAUCGGGCAAAGGAAGCCUGGUGAUCGAAAUGGACCAAGUGCCCAAGGUGCUGAAGCCCAUGGUGCAGCAAUGGGCGCCUGAGGGCUACAUUGUUAGCUUCAAGCUCGAGACAGACCAAGAUCUCUUGAUCCCAAAGGCUCGCGCCGCAUUGGAGAGGUACGGCCACCAAGUCGUCGUGGGGAAUGACCUUCACCGGCGAAAAUUCGAAGUUGUCUUUGUCGAACCAGACAGCUCUCAAGAAGAAGGUUACAGAGAGACCUGGAUCAAGCUGAAACCACCGCUGGCCGAGGCAGGAGCAGACGCAGGGACCAGAUCGGACACAGAGACAAAGCCCGGAGCAACGGGAGGAACGGAGAAGGAGAUCGAGGAAGACAUAGUCAGAGAGCUUAGCAAGCGCCACGAGGACUGGAUCCGUCAAGGAAGCCAAUGAAGCAUGUAUGACUCGAUUCUACAGAUACAACUAUAGUACACAUUGCAAUCUUUGGACAUGCUGCGUAAGUUUAUGCAGGAAUUUAUCUACUACCGC